GCAACUCUCUUUCAUCAUUUUUCUGAAAAACCCUAGAUUCCUCUUCUACUUCCGCGACUCGGUUUCCACUCUGUUAUCAAGCAAAAAAUGAAGGUGGUCGCCGCAUACUUGCUCGCCGUACUGGGAGGAAACGCUUCCCCUUCAGCCGAUGAGUUGAAGAAUAUUCUCGGAUCAGUUGGAGCUGAAGCUGAUGAUGAUAGGAUAGAGUUGCUAUUGGCUGAAGUUAAAGGUAAAGAUAUCACCGAGCUAAUUGCUUGUGGAAGGGAGAAGUUGGCUUCAGUUCCUUCCGGCGGUGGUGCUGUGUCCGUUGCUGCUCCUACAGAUGGCGGCGGCGCUGCUCCUGCUGCUGAGGCCAAGAAAGAGGAGAAGGUGGAGGAGAAAGAAGAAUCUGACGAUGAUAUGGGUUUCAGUCUCUUCGACUAAGCAGGCAAAGCAAAUAUCGACAGAUUUUCAUAUAGUCGGUACACUUUGUUCGAGUGUUGAAGGCUCCCUUUUUUUAAUACGUUGUUGGCUAUGUAGUUGAACAUGGUUUUAGCUCCCUCUUGGAUCCUCAAGUGUUGUUUGAGAAAGCGUAGUUAAUGACAUUAACAUUUCGGUUCUAAUUAUGGAUUUUUGGUUUACCAGUAGUCAAUGCUUGAGUUUGGUUCAGUGAUUCUUAAUACC